UGCGGAAUGGUCCAAAAAGUGAUGUUAUUCUCCCUGAAGAAGUCUUGAAAGUGGUUUUAAUGAAAAAGAGAAAGCUUCUUCGGGGAGUGGGGGCAUGCCUGUGUGAAUGCCUGACAGAAAAUAAUGGAUGAAUUACAGGUUCUGUGGAAAUUUAAGCUUCAUCUGCAAUUACCUUUUAGUAUGUUUUUUGUAUGAAAUAAUUUAAGCCUUCUUGAUGUAUCAAUAAAUGUUAAAUGUGAUCAAUUGAAAGAGACCACCAAUAAUUAACCACGUCUCUCACCUUAAAAACACCAUCAGUGAUAGUAGCAAGUUUCCGAGAUGUCCUUGAAUGCGUCAGCAACGUCAACCCUCCACCCCAGGAAAAAGCCGAGCUUCCUGCAUAACCAGCUGAGCUGCACUUGUUAGCGUGGCCCCUUUGGUGGACACUUACGCCGACUUGUGAUCACUUUGGCUGGUUUGUACGCGGAAUUCCCUCUCCAUUAGGACCGUGGGAGCGAUGCGACGCCUUGGAGGAGCAAGAAGAGGAGACGAACUGGCCAAAGAGCAGCAGCCACCUGAAAGGAAGAUCUGAGUUUGUGUUUCUACCGUCAACGAAAGGUUUCUAUUGGUCAUCACGAUGACUGAUGGAGAUUAUGACUACCUGAUAAAGCUCCUCGCCCUGGGAGAUUCUGGAGUGGGGAAGACAACGUUCCUGUACCGAUACACAGAUAAUAAGUUCAACCCCAAGUUCAUCACCACAGUCGGCAUCGACUUCAGGGAAAAGAGAGUGGUGUACACCACAUCCAACCCUAAUGGGAUGACAGCAGGAAAAAGCUUCAAUGUUCAUCUCCAGCUUUGGGACACAGCUGGGCAGGAAAGGUUCCGCAGCCUGACAACGGCGUUCUUCAGGGACGCUAUGGGCUUCCUGUUGAUGUUCGAUCUCACCAGCCAGCAGAGUUUCCUCAAUGUCAGAAACUGGAUGAGUCAGCUACAGGCCAACGCCUACUGUGAGAACCCAGAUAUAGUAUUGGUUGGAAACAAGGCCGAUCUGGCAGACCAGCGUGAGGUUCAGGAAAAACAAGCAAAGGAGUUGGCAGACAAAUACGGGAUUCCAUAUUUCGAGACGAGUGCAGCAACCGGGGUGGAGGUGGACAAGUCGGUGAUCACGCUGUUGGACCUGGUGAUGAAGAGGAUGGAGCAAUGUGUGGACAAACCACCCGCGGAGCCUUCUAACGGCACCGGCACCACAAAGCUCUCUGCCGCACAGCCAGAUGAGAAGAAAUGUGCAUGCUAGAUAAAGAGUUAAUUCAGGAAAUGACCUUUUGACUUGAUCUGUCUCUCCUCACCUUUGCCUGCAUGCGUGCGUCUUCUCGUCCAUCUUUUCUUGACAAAAACUAUCCAUGAUCAAUGGUAUACUUUCUUUUCCACCCUUUUUCUUCCUUUGCCGCGCUGACAUUAAAACCAAGCUUGUGCUCCCUCUAAUGGUGGUUAAAGCUACUGCAGUCAGUUGGCCUGUGUCACUAGAGAGGGAGGACGGCAUCUAACCGUGCCUAUAGGAUUAAAUGGUCUGAUCACUUUCUGAUAGUAUAGUAACUUGUUAAGAGUUAAAUCAACCUCUCUACUUGACUUCCAAACACAUUGCUUCCUCUUAUGACUGACACUUGAACCAGUUUAAAAAUAAUUAAGUGGCCCAUACAAUUGUAUUGAGCAGCCCCGUACUGUGCCGAUGUGUAGUUAUAGAAGGUUUUUCCUCAUUGCACCGUGGUUUCUAUGCUGGGCCUGUAUUAAACACUCAGGUUGACUUUGGUUCCCUCAUACUAUGCCUGAAUUGUUUGGUUGUGGCUGCAGUGUGUAUAGUUCUAGGAAAAGCCACCACUCGCUUGCAUCAUUCUGAGUUUUUUCGUUUUUUCCGCAUAAAACACAUCUCAUUCACCAUAGGUCGGUAAUACAGACCUGUGGUGUGUAUACUGUUUAAUAUUGUUAACCCUCCCCUCAUUUGUUACAUUUUUAUGGUUUUAUGCUUCACUGAUAAUGUUUUUUUUCAUCAAGCUUUGAGAUUUUGGCAGUCCUUGAACGCACCGUAGUUGUGUGCUGUCAACACCGUGACCAUCUGUUCAUGGAUCAUCUUACAUUAUCAUUGGUUAGUGGUGAGUACCCGUACAUUUUAUACUUUAAAUGUGUUUAAUAAGUGUGUGAGGCAUAUUGAAGAGAGAAGGGAAAGAUUCCGAAGCUGAAUCUACUCCAAUUAUUACAGAAGUUGCUCUUUUUUUUUUUUUUGAAAAUAUCGAUCCAAAAUCUGAGUAUUUUUUCGCCAUUCGCUGAUGGUCCCAGAAUAUAACCCAAGUGAAAAAAGUGAUUAUGCAAAACAAAUCAUUGCCAUCCAUUCAUUUCUAUACGGUUUGUCCUCAUCAGAGCUGGAGCCAACCCAUCUAACUUUAGAAAAGAGACAUGGUGCACCCUCAACUGGUGCCCAUUCAAUUGCAGAGCCAGAAAAAACACACAAAAGGACAGGGAGAAUAUACUAAUCAGAUGUUUCAACUGAGAUUCAAACCCGUAUCUCCUGUCUGUGAGGCAGACAUGCUAACCACUAGUUCACCAUGUGGCAUCAAUGGAACAAUCCUUCCUUUUCUUUGUCAAUAAGUCGACACACUGUCCGUUGUUUUUUCUUUAUUGGGCAUGACUGCAGAAUAACCCACCAUGGGGCCAAAAAGUUUGAUAAUUGAAUAUGGACUCUCCAGAAUGUACAGGAAUCCUGUAAGAUAAGUUAAGAUGCUUAUAGUGGGAAUUAAAGCCAAAUGUGUUGCUGAUUUGCAUAUAUUAUUGGCAUUGAUACUGUCACACCAUUGUGGCUGCAGCAUGGACCACGUGGAAUUGAGGGAAAAUAUAUUCUAAUCAAUGAUCACUAUCUUUCUUUAAUAUAUCAGUAAUAAUUAGGGAUGUCUGAUGUUGGAAUUUAUGUGAAAACGGAUAUGCCGAUAUUGUCCAACUCUCAAUUUCCGAUUUUUUGCCUCCUAUGUCCAAGAGCUUAUCCCCGGAAUAUUAUAUCUAAUAUAAACAAUAUCAACAGCACAAAAUUUGUGAGCCCAGUCACUUCAUUGCUGGGUUGCAACCAUCGGGAUACCCCGGGGGGAUUUAAUAUGACCACAUUAACACUGAGUAUCUUUGUACUAUGUUUGGCAGAUUAAUGCAAAUUUGAAGUCAUGUGCUCCCAUUGUGUGUGUCUGUGUGUGUGCGCAUGGUGUGUUGCAUAAAGACAUGAAAUAGUUAAACAAGGGGAUCAAAGUUUACAUUUUUUUGGUUUCUUGAACUUUUUUCCCUUUCUGGUGUCUUAUCUUAGUAAAUAAUUUAGCAAAAACAGUGCAUGUUUACAGAAUGUCCACUCAUAAUGCCCCCCCCCCCCUCCCUUUCUGCUUGAGGCAGUGAUGUCACAUGCAACCCAGCAAUGAACAAUCGUACUGAAAAACUGGCUGGUUUUUUUUUGCAUUUUCAAACCUGGUAAAAGUGUUGCAUGUGGCAAGGAAGAUGCGGUCCAAUCAUUGGUUUCUUUACUUUUCAACAGCAUGUCACUAGUCCAGUCAAAACUCAUAAAAAAGUGUUUGCUCCCUUCCUGAUGUCUUAUUUUUGGUCCAUGUUUGUCACAUGUAAAUGUUUCAGAUCAUCCAACAAAUGAAAUGAAUCAAUGACAACACAACUGAACACAAAAUGCAGUUCAUAAAUGACACUUUUUUAUUAUUAAGGGAGGAAAAAAAACAAACCCUACAUGACCCUGUGUGAAAAAUGUAUUACCCCCUAAAGCUAAUAAUAAUAAUAAUAAUAAGAUAAUAAUGCAUUUCUUUAGAAGUUGUUGUGGGGUCUUUUGUGACCUCUUAGAUGAGUCAUCGCUGUGCUCUUGGGGUAGUUUUGGUUCGCUGGCCACUCCUGGGAAGUUUCACCAUUGUUCAAUUUUUUGCCAUUAUUGGAUAGUGGCUCUCGCUGUGGCUAGCUGAAGUCUCACAGCUUUAGAAAUGGCUUUAUAAGCAAUUCAAGGCCUAAUAAGGCCUUAAUAAUAAAAAGUCAUUUAAAACUGCAUUUUGUGUUUAGUUGUGUUGUCACUGACUAAUAUUUUAGUUGAUGAUUCAUGAUAGGAAACAUUUAAUGUGAUAAACACUGAAGCAAAAAGAAAAAAGAAAAAAAAAGCACUACAACCUUCACAGGUGAAUGUAAUUUGACCACUUCAUUUGCUUCCUUCCAAAACAACUCUUUGUGUAAUGAUUGUUUUAUUUGUGUCUAUGUACACUUGUUGCUUGCUUACGUAUAUUCAGCACACUUAACGUAUCUGAUGAUGACUUACCUGAUUUUGUGCAAGUCAACCAUUUUUUUUUUGAAGUUGCGUGACACCUCCAACUGCCUUACAUGAUGAUAAAUAGUUUCCAGGUGUUGAUUUGCACAACAAAUAAGAAAGACCUUCUUGCUAUCCUUAUAUUUCUUUUCUUCCCCAAAGAUGCUAGUAGGGCUAAAGUGGGUCAGCAGUUUAUUAUAAAGUAUAACAUUUCUGUGGCCCUUUUAGUAAGAAUUAAGAAAAAAAAACUUCUAUAGAUGAAAAUAUGGUAUGUUUAUUUCAGUCAUUUUCAAGUUUUGUAUCGUGCACCAUGGAUCUGUUUGAAAGGUUUCUGUGCUUUGUCACCUUUAAUAUGCCAAUGUGCCAAAUCCGAAAAUAAUAAAAAAAACAACAAAACAGAGAAUUUUAUUUCACCAAAUAUUGGCCAUUUUGCCCAUUUCGCUUCUCAUUCAUCCCCCGCAGCGACACGGCGUUCUUCUACAGUCAGACGCUGAGCGUCUAUUGACUUCCAUAGGGAAGCGUAGAGUGGGUUACUUCACUGCGCGAAACUGGACGGUCAUUGGAUAAUUGCUGGGCUUUGUGCCACCCAUCAGCUGGGCUUCAGUGUUAUGAUUGGAUAACCUAUCUGAGGCGGAAUCCCUUUUUGAUUGACAGUGAAAUGAGCGAAUCAGAGAUCUUGAAGUAUAAACCCUCGACCUGAGCAUUUUCCAAGUUUUUCAUUCCUUUAUUCUGAACUAAUCGAGAGACUUUAUUGAUCGCUAGCGAUUUUGUCUUUGUUAAAAAUAACUAGUGUUAUGUUUGCCGACUCUGCGGUUUCUUUCCCCAACGAGCAGCAGUCGCUGUGUAGCGUCUUCUUCCCCCCGCCCCCUCCCGUCACACACAAUCUGACGCACAGCCCGCCAAACAGAAGCCUCGUGCACCUGCUAGCAAGCUAUUGCUACAAUUUACAUAGCAAAAUAUCAACACAUUGAUGUAGUAAUAUUAAUAAACGUGUUUCCCCUCCUUGAAUGACCAGCAACUUCCACUGUUUGCAAGUACUUCCUGGUUCCUGGAUGGGUUCUAUGGCGCAGAAGACGCUGGCCUGGGGAAUCCCAAUCCAAUGAAUAAUGGACCCUGAAGCCCUCCUUGCACAAACAAACAUCAAACAAACAAGAGAGCUACCCAGAGGAAGAAACAGAAACUUCCGGCAAGAAGGAGUCAACACACCACCAUCCAUCGAGAGGACGUCCCACGCAAUCGUAUGUAGACGUGCCGAGGAGGAACGUGUGAGUGGAGAGCUCUGUGGAACUGAGGGAUGUUUGGAGGCUCUUGAUUUUGGUCGAAAUACGAGAUUUCCACCCAAAAAAACGUGAGAAUGGAAGGUAUGUGAGCAUGUUUUGUUUAUGUAGUAUGUGAAGUUCCCAAUACUACGACAUGUGUCAACUGAGCAAUGUAUCAUAGAAAUGACCCUUAUGGGUGUCAUAUUUUAGCAAUGGACAAUGUAUGUUUAUGUCGACUUAAGCGGACAGGAGUACACAAUCGACUUAAGCGGGUUCCACUGUGUUAUCUUUGCAAAAUCAGAUAUUUAGGGAUGGGGUCAAUCCGAUCCAGUAUUGGUAUAAUCUUAGUAAAUCAGGGCUACGUUUGCUGGUAUUGGCGUUCUAUCUAUAUUGACUGAUAUAGAUAUAUAUUUCUAGUUACCCCAUGUCAUAUUUUUGGCAUGUGGGUACAUCAUUCUGGUCAACAUGUAACAUUUUGUGCCGUUGAUUGAUAUUUCAAUGUACACCCCCCCAUAAAGUAUUUCAUGUCACUAUACAGCUAAUUAGUGAAUGAAUGCGUACACGCUCUGUAACGUGGCGGUAAUAUUGUUAUUACAUACGUCGGCAUGUUUUCUACUAUGAAAAAGUAUUUAAUACUAUGUUCUGAUGCUGAUAUGUGUUGAUGGCGCUGACGGUGCACGCCCAAUGACAGACUGCGUUAAACCUCGGUGACCUUACUGAUCUGUUCCACGACUUUCUCGUCUUUCGGUUCUGGACGUUUCUGCUCUACUUCGUCAUCGUCAUCGUCAUCGUCAACGCUGAGGUCCAGCCGCAGGUUAUCUAGAGUCUGACGAAUGGUCAGAGUGUCCUUUCGACUGAAGAGAGACACACAAUAUAAUAUUGCGUACAAAUAAACGUUUAUGCACAACAUAACACCCAUAUUCCCACCGCAAGGCAUGCUGGGUAGCUUUUUUGCCUUGCUUUUUUAUUUCCUGCUAUGUGACAUAGCGAGUAUGUUUGGCUCUUACUUUGUCUGCAGGUGUUGGUCGAGCAGCUGCCUCUGAAGUCGCCCGUUGGACUCCCUCUCCUCGGCUAGCUCCCGCUGACUGUGACGCAACUGAGCGUCUCUACGGCUCGCCUCUUCCUCUGCCUCGUUCAGCUGGCGCUUGAGAGAGCGGAUUCUCUGCGUCAUCUGCAUGACCAAUCAGAUGGGGAUGAUUUGACCGUGAUGCACACCCGUGCCAACAAAAGUCACGACAUGACGUCAUUGUCCAGACAGUGUAAUGAUUACAUCAUUCAUUCAUUCGUUUUCUACCACUUAUCCUCAUGAGGGUUGCGGGGGGUGCUGGAGCCUAUCCCAGCUGUCUUCGGGCGAGAGGUGGGGUACACCCUGGACUGGUCACCAGCCAAUCACAGGGCACAUAUAGACAAACAACCAUUCACACUCACAUUCAUACCUAAAAUGAUGUUAUUUUAUUUUUUAUCCUUUAGUUUAUUCCUGUAAAAUUACAACUUUUUUUGUUAGAAUGUGAUCUUUUCCUCGUAAUAUUUUGACUUUAUUCUCAUAAAAGUACAGCUGUUUUAUAAUUGUCAUUUAUAAUUUAUUCCCAUAAUAUAUAUUAUACAUUCUUCUGCACCCAAUUUUCCAAAAAUGACAACUUUAAUCGUUAUUUUGUUUGUUUCUCAUAAUAUUACAACUUAAAAAAUAUAUAGACUAACAACCAUUCACACUCACAUUCAUACCUAUGGACAAUUUGGAGUCGCCAAUUAACCUAGCAUGUUUUUGGAAUGUGGGAGGAAACCGGAGUACCCGGAGGAAACCCACACAUGCACGGGGAGAACAUGCAAACUCCACACAGAGAUGGCCGAGGCUGGAAUUGAACCCUGGACUCCUAGCUGUGAGCUAUCCUGUGCUCCUCCUCCAUCUGAUCUCCAAGCUCAUUGAUCCUCCUCUCCAGUUUACCAAUGGUGUUGUUAAGAGCCGCUUUACUCCUGCGUGAAACACAGGUGGGUUCUUACUCCUUCACUGUUCUCUAUGUAGUGUAUAAUGUCAUACGGUAUACUGUAAGUACCUCUCCUCGGUUCUGAGAGAGUUCUCCAGCUCUCUGACUCGGGUCUCCGUCUUGGAGAUGAUGUCAUCUGAAGGUUUGGAGUUCUGAAACUCGUCCAACUCUAAACGUAGCUCACGAUACUUGACAGAGAAGAGACACACAAAUGUUUUGUUUUGUUUUUUUUUUACAACAAAGGCAUUAAUUUGGCUGUAUGUUAAGAUAUGUUAUAUGCUUGUUUACAAUUACUGCAUAAUGUGCAUAAUUUUGAAAAACUUAAUGUAUCAUAUACACAAUAUGAAAAAAGUAUUUAAAAAAAAAAAAAUGAAACCACACAGGACACGCACUUGUCGCUCCGUGAUGGCCUUCUCAGUUUCCAGCUGGUCGUUCAGAUCUUUUUCCUGAAUCAGCUUCAGCUGCAGCUGCUCAGUCUGACAGAAACCAUAAAUAUGUGUCAAUAAAAGUGAAAUAAACUGAUGACAUGAAAUAUGAAUAGUCAUCCACACUUCAUCUACCUGUUCUAUAGCUCUCUUGUGCUUGGAGGCCCAUCGCUGCUCGCUGUCAUGCAGCUCCUCCACAUCACUUUCCAGGUCAAUCAUUUUCUCCUAAAAAGGUCACACAGCGUGGGGAAAAGAAUAAUUGCAUUAUGUAAUUUUAACCUAUUCAAAGCUAUGAACAGUCUAAAUUACUUUUAUGGUAUUUUAACAAAGACAACAAAACCAGGAAAUGGGCCUGCCUGUUGCUUAUCUCCGGUCCAGUGUUAUAUUCUUGCUGGUUGUUAGCAUUUACCUUAUUUAAGCAAGGAAUGGGCUUGUGCUUUGUUUUGCAGGACCAUAAUGAAUAGUAAAGUGUGAAGAAUUAAAGUAUGGGUUGUUGAGCUUUGUUUUGCCCGGCCAUAACAUAUAUUAAAGUUUGAGGAAUAAAAGCAUAGGAUGAUGCGCUU